UUGUAUGUUUGCUUUCCUUGAAUUUUGAUUAUCAAAAUUAUCUUUUUAAUCUUAUAUUUGACGUGACCCUGGUUGGCACAAGAUUUUGAAAGUUGCGAAAGUGCGGCAACGUUUGGGAAUUUGAGCGUUUCCGUUAAAUGCCUCUGUGCUUUGACAUUUGACAUCCAAUGGACGAUCUUAAGCAAUGGCUUGGAGAGAACCUGGUGAUAGGAGACGAUCUACAGAGCAAAGAAUUUCCAGAAACUGGCAGAGGCCUUUGCAGCUGUAGAACGCUGUCAGCUGGAGACGUUAUCGUGUCGAUUAAGCUGACGCAGUGCUUCUCUGCUGCCAGUGUGCAGUUGUCCAGUGGCAGUGUCAUUCCGCAGUUUAUCCGGGAUCAUCCGUUGGAGUGUCUGACACUGUUUCUGGUGGUGGAGAGCUGGAUGGCAGAGCGCUCUGAGUACGCUCCUUACAUCCGGUCCUUACCGCGGGAAUUUACGAACCCUUUGUUCGUCCUUCGCGGACAGCUUCCGGAAAACGUGGACCCGCAUUUUGACGCUUUGCUAUUGCAGCAGCAUCGUGAUUUGCGCAGAGGAUGGAAACUAAUCUGUCGAGCGUUUGCACAGCCCGAACUGGAGCACUUUUCCCACGCUCAUUCCAAGCAGCGCUUCCUGUGGGCUUGGUUCGCAGUGGCAACGCGCUCGUUGUACAUUCAAGCAGACAUGCCUGCGCUGGUGCCGUUUGUCGAUCUGCUCAAUCAUUCACCUUUCGCACGGACGCGGAUAGUUCUUGAUGGAACGGGAAAUACGUUCCAGUUGAUUACCGAAUAUCCAUAUAAAUCAGACGAGCAAAUUUUCAUCAAUUACGGCAGCCACGACAAUACCAAACUAGCCGUUUACUACGGAUUUACGAUCACAAGAAAUCCUUUGUCUGAAGUUAAAUUUUCCAUGGAAGAACUUCUGUCAUUCUUUCCUGUCACAGAUGCCAAAAUGAAGUUCUUGCGGCAGUAUGAUCUCUGUGAUAAGUUUAGCUGUUCCUGGGAUGGGCUAUCUCUCGCAUUUUUGGUUUUCUUGAAUCUCCGGAAUUUCAAAGGUCCUGAUUACUGGUUGAUUUUUGAAUCGUUAGAGGAGCAGGAAUUACCAAUAUCUACAAAGCUGUCAUUAAAGAGGUUGCUUGAAGAGAAGCGAAGGACGUUAUCAAACCUUUUAUGUUGCGAUUCACAGUCCUUGUUACACGUCUGCAUUGAUGAACAGAUUCAGAUUUUACGCCAUAAUGCAUGCUUGCACUUCGAUACCAUAAAACAUUGUUUUUGAAACGAGAAUCUGUACUUGCAGUACUGCAAAUUCGUGUGUGAUGACUGUGAUCAGUAUGAAUAUUGUGAUAUUGCACCUAGCUUUGGAUCUGGAAUGUAACUCACCAGUUAUUUGCAUCUGCCAGCUGAAAAGAUUACUUUACUCUCUGAAUUACGAUGAUUCGGUUAAUAGUUGCGUAUGGAAGAAGUGUGGACAUCGAACACCAUUUUCUUUCUUUAUUAUAAAUGAUUUUCCUGGGCAAAACAUCAUUAAUUCUUUCUGAUAAAAGU